AUGGACGUCGAAUACAUGGCAAACUCUAGGGCAGCCAAAGGUACGGUUAAAAUACUGGAUGAGCCCGAAAUUAACUGGGAUAGGCUCCAUAAAUCAAGAGAGGCCCACGUCAUCUCGGAACCCAAGUCAUCAAGUCAAGGAAGAGCCCAAGGGGGACACCCCAGAGGGGCGCCGCCCAAGGGGAUCUCUUCCCUCCUUAGUUCAACGCUUCCUUUCCUGCGCAACCGUAGAGUCCUUCGCCCUCUUGACUUUGCCACUCCAACUCAAGUCCAACCUAGCUCAGAAUCCUCCUCUUGA